UAAUUUCAGUUUUCGGGCAAUCCCUUCCCUCGCCGGUCCCUCCACCUCCAAUGGCCUCGGCGUUGCUCGUCCGAUCGAUCGGAUAAUCGUUUUCUCUUCCUGUCUGCUGACGCUAAAGGGCAAGUCUUCAAGGACUUUGAAUUCAGCAUUCUAAUUAGUUCUUGUAAAAACUCCUUUUCUACCGAGAUUUGAAAUGACAACUCGGAGUGUAGAUACUCCCAAAUCGGUUACCGCCAAAAAGAGUCCGCCGCCGCCCCCGCCGCCUCCGAGCAAGUCUGCUACUAAAGCUGCGACGAAAUCUAUGGCUACUUCCAAUGAAUUUGAGACUCCCAGAGACAAAGCGGCGUUCUUCUGCCAGAGCAAAGAAGCCGAAGAAUGGCGAAGCAUCAACUACUAGUUCUAAUUCCAAACCUGAACAAUUAACAGGCACCAAAUUAGUAGCAAAGAGAAAAUCUGGGAGGCCCAAAGCUUCUCAUUAGUUUUAGCUAAAACUGUAAUAGUUUAAGGUAAUCCAGUUGAAUCCUUUAUGGUAGUCAUCAGAUUUUUCUAGAGAAAUGAACGUUCGGACAUUGUCUGCUAUAGGGAUUUAAAUUUAUGGUCAUCUUUAGAGUUUAUUAUAAAGCACAACGUGUGCAUUGGGUACCAACAACUAUUGUUAUGUGUGUGGUAGGAGUUUGGUUAUUUUAAAUAAAAUUUUGAUUUCAAG